AAUAUCGCUUGAAACGUCGCGCAGUUGCAAAGGUGAAAUAAAUAACGCAAAUAACAUACGAAAACAGUAUGAAAACAUCAGGCGGUGGCUCGGCGGAGGAGCCGGCCAAAUCGUCGCUUGGCAAAAUUAGCAAAAAGUCUACAAAGUCACGCUCAAAGAAUACCAAAUUGGAGCCUGGUAGCAAAAAUUCUGUCUCAGCCACAAAUGUUAACGUGCCCAUGGGCAGCUUGCCAGCCACGCCCACGCAUGUAAACAUGGCCACAACGCCCACAACGCCAACGACCAGUUUAAGCAAUUAUAAUCUCUUUGAUGCUUCCUUUGCUGUGGCUGGACAUGGACAAGGUGUGGGUGUGGGUGUGGCUGCGGAAAUGGCGAACAAUCCCGGCAAAGUGAGUCACCACAAAAGCUACGCCGGCUUUGAUCCGCGCAGCAUAAAAAUCUUCUGGGAGCAACAUGACCAGACGGACGUGGAGCUCUCGCAGGAUGUGUGCGCGCGCCUGGCGGAAGAUGCAUCCUACAAAGUCUGGGAGCUGAUUAAUAAUGUAAAGAUUUAUUCGCGUCACUCGGGCGGCGUGGUCACCUACGAUCUGGUCAAUGAGGUGCUCAAGGAUGCGGAUGUGCCGCCCAUGCUGGGUGCCAUGGACAGCGAUUGGGAUUGCAUUGACUACGAUGGCAGCUAUUUCUUUCACUCGGAUAAGAUAUUUGAGCUACGCGAUGAGUUUCAAAAGGACAUUACGCUCUCGCUGCCAAAUGAUGCGGACUUUCAUUGCAUCUGCCCGGUGGAGGACAAGAAUACCGAACAGUUGAAACAGUUUGUGCAGAGCCUGGUAACUGCGGCAAUCUUUGGCGACUCCCAGGCACGCAGCGUGGCCGUUACGCAGGCGUUUCAAACGCCUUUAAUGGGCGCCUGCUAUCGCGUGAUAGUCAGUAAAAUGUUGCAGUUGCUCGCGUUCAAGCAGCACGAUCAGGUGAGCCAACGCUGCUGGCGCCUGUUGCGCGCCUGCAAUUACAACACACAGGCGAAUCACAUCAAUUGCCGACCGGAGUAUUUUCAUCUGGCCGAGGUGCUCAUCAGCCAGCUGAUGGCGCCGUAUGAGACAAUCAAGGUGGCCGAUGGCAGGCCGCAAUCACAGCAAGCAGCACCGGUGCCAAUGGAGCUGGAUAAAGUGCUUAAGCUGGAACCUGGCCUGAGCGGCGAUGCGCAGGCUGAACAGUAUGCCAGUCAAGCCAUGGAUCUAGAAGCGCAGCAGCCGCAGCAACAGCAGGCGCAGGAGCAGCAGCAGGCGCAGCAGCCGCAACAGUCACAGCCAACGGUGCCAGAGAUUACCAUCACCAGCGACACAUCACAGGGGCAGACCAUUUACAAACUGCAGCUGGACGAUGAUAGCUGCGAGGCCGCCGAGCAACAGCAGCAGCAGCAGGAGCCGCAGCAGCUUUCCAGCUACUUUGCCAGCCCCGUGGGCAACAGCUACGUCGAUGAGCUCUGUGAAACAAUUGGCCAAAUGGCGGCACAGAGUGGUUAUCUGCAUGCCGAGUGUUUAUUUUUGAUUAAGCGACGCUUGAACAGAUUUUUUGAGGGACGCGACGUGUGCAAUGAGCGGGAUUUCAAGUACAUCAGUCGUGCCAUACGCGGGCUCAUCGCGCUGGGCGAAUACGCCUUUCGGGAGUUUAUACCCUACAUAUAUAAGCUGAAUGUUAACGAUGUACCCGACAGUCUCUGGCGGGAUUUGGCGCCAGCUGCUAUAUACCUUGGCGGGCGCGACGAUAUACAUUUGUACGAGUGGCUGGAAUACGGCUGCGGAGCGGGCAGCCUGCAGCCCUUCCUCGUACACUAUGCGAAUGCAUAUGAGAAAAUGAUCUCCAAACGUUAUAUACAUGCCAGACAGCCCGCCUUCAGAUUCGAGGCACAGCCAGGCGUGCGUCGCCUCGAAUGGAGCACGCUGGCGGCAGCCAUGUGCCAUGGCGAUGAUCCCAGCAAGGCGCUUAAACCGAAACCCACGCUGUGCGAGGCCUUCCCCAAGCUGGUGCAGCCCAAUUUGCGACUCAACUGCGCCGGCACCAUACGCUUCAAGUUUGCCGGCUGUCGGCCCGUGCUGCUCAAGCCCAAGGGCGUUGCAGCAAUGCACUUCAUGGACUCGCCCUCAACCAAUGGCGGCAGCGACAUUAUCCACUCCGAUAUACUCAUUGCCAAGCGCAAGAUCUUCAAGCCGCCAAGCAAGGUGCGGCGCCCGAUGGCCAACAGUGGCUAUCACUAUUUGCGCAUAUGAAGCUGGUAAUUGAAGUAAAAUA